GCCUUGACGCCUUCAGAGCUGCCAGUGUCCUGUAACAGUUUGAAGUCUAAAAUUAGGGAGGCACCCCAACUGCAAAUGACGCAAGAAGGCUAAAGUGGACAGUCUCCUCGUCUCUGCGUGUCACUGGUGUCAGGACUCAGGACCAUGGAAACGGUCCCUACAACUUUGCUGUUGUUGAUGACAUGCAGGGUAUUUUUAGGUCUUGUUGUCAUCUUUCCGUAACAGCCCGGCUGUGGCGUUCAGUAUAAAGGACUCUUUCAAAAUGCAGUUGUACAACAGUGUGCUGACACACUACCCGAGGUCGUCUCGCAAAGUUACAGUAACUUUAUUGACCGGAUCCGAGCGUCUGAACGGGACAACACCAAGUUCCUCUGAGGCGGAUAAAGCAGGAUUUCCACAACCAGGCGCAACUUCAGCCAGCAACGGGGAUCCUGUGAGAGAGACUGCUGCUGCUUCUUCCGCAAACAUGCCUGCCUUUUCAUGUUACGAGGCUUCAUCCAGGAGGCCGAUUUACUUCACGUCCACUGCUGAGAUAUUAAUCCGCAGACCUGAUGGAGUGGAGAGGUCUGUGCCUGUCCACAUCGUGAGGGAGUCCAAGACCAAACCACCCACCCCUGACUCACAUCAUGGGGAAAGUUUCCUCUCUAAUGACUGUGAUUCUGAUGUGAUUGUGGACUUGAUAGAUCGUCUAAGAAAUGGGACGGAUGAGCUUUUUCCUGACUGCCCAGAGCUGGUUGGAAACCACCUUUUAAACACUGACAACAUCCGUAGACCCAGACUAGACGAAAACAAGAGGAUUGUUGGAAACUCAAGGGAGGAUGAAACAGUUUCAGUGACUGAUGCCCCCUUCAGUCACAAUGGAUGGGUCUCAUUAAAUGAAGAGGAGCUUGUUCCCUCCAGGGAAGCUCAGCCCGAAGACCUCAUAAAGGAAGAUUUUAGUGAUCUGAGCGGUGGCAGAGCUGCUCCAGCAUCACAUGAGAGACGGGCCUUUGAGCUCAGCGUUCUGCAGGAGUCGUCGCCCCCACAGAGAUGCCAAGAGAGAGAGGAUGUCAACGAUAAAGUCACCCGGUACCUGGCUGAAGUGGAGAAACAAAACAAGUACCUCCAGGAGAGGCAUAAAUACAGGUACCACGUCAUUCCAGACGGAAACUGUCUGUACAGAGCUGUGUGCAAGGCCACGUACGGGGACCAGGCGAGGCAUGGGGAGCUGAGGGAGCAGACGGUUCACCACAUCGCCGACCACUUGGAUGAGUUCAACCCCAUCAUCGAAGGGGAUGUAGGGGAGUUCCUGAUUAACGCGGCGCAGGAUGGAGCCUGGGCGGGGUACCCCGAGCUUCUUGCCAUGAGCCAGAUGCUGAAUGUCAACAUCCACCUGACAACAGGAGGGAGCUUGGAGAGCCCCACCGUCUCCACCAUGGUGCAUUACCUCGGGGAGGAGGAUGCAUCCAAACAGGCAAUCUGGCUGAGUUGGCUGAGCAACGGUCACUACGACGUCCUUCUGGACAAGUGUCUUCCCAACCCAGAGUACGAGGACUGGUGCAGACACUCGCAGAUGCAGAGGAAACGAGAUGAGGAACUGGCAAAGUCGAUGGCGGCGUCAUUGUCCAAAAUGUACAUUGAGCAAAAUGGAUGUGCGUGAAAAAGAGACACUGUAUGUUGAAAAGUAAAAGAUGCACACUGAUAGAGCAGAAUGCAGAAACACUGAUUCUGCAUGGUUUCUACAUGCUUGAAAUAAUUUUUUAUAAGAUAUAUAUCGUGAGAGAAAGGAAGUGCAGUGCACAUACUUUGGAUUUUAUACAUGCCAGAGAUGCCAGAUCAGUGGCAGUGUUCUCUGAAAGUGUUUGAAAGUGUGUGAGACUGUUCCUAUUGAUUGUUUGGGUGAUGUUGACAAUUCUUUAAUGCUGUUCAGUUACUGUACAUGGCAAUGCUUUUGAUUAUACAGUAUUUAUUUGCCUUUUAUUGUCAGACCAGUUAUUUUUAUAUCAUGUUUCUGCUUUGUAGGCCAUUGCCAACUGCAGAGAGACUUGGGUUGCCCUUUUUCAUUGUUUCAUAUCUGUCUUGCUACUCUCUUUUGCACAAAAGUCCUAUCAGACAAGUCCAGAGAGUUUGAUUUGUGUCUGUUUAGAACAAU